AACCAGUUUAAAAAGGGCUAUUGAUGUGGCAUAUGAAUAUGAAGACCGCAUGGCACUAUUGACGUGGCAUAGCUACAGCAGGUGCAGCGUCAAGCCGGAAGAUUAGAACAUAGUUGGUAGUUGUUGGAGAUGUCAUCCUCUAUUAACUAAUAGAUAGAAGAAUUACGAAAUCUUUCUCUUUGGCUCAAAAUCCAUCAAAGCUUUGUUCCUAGAAAGAUGGUUAUUCACUAAUCAAGGACCAUGAGUAGCGAAGAUCUGUUGAAUGCUUACCAGUCGCUGAUACAAUUGGAUACGGUAGAAGCAUAUGCUGCUUUGAAAUUAAUCAAAGUUUAUGUUGAUGUUAUUGCCGGAAACCCCGACAGUCCGGAAUUCAGGACAAUUUGUAUUCGAGAUGCAAACUUCUAUACCACUGUCUGGCAACUUGAGGAAGCACAAGCAUUUCUACUCGCAGCAGGAUUUGAAGAGUUGAUAGUGUGCAGGGUAGCUAGAGAAGAAGAGCUGCUAAUUUUGCCUGACCAUGUUGACAUUGGAGCAAUCAAAGCUUUAUUCAAAGAUGAAGAAGCAGAAAAAGCUUGUGAAAAACUAAAAAAAGAUCUACAGUCCAUUGGGCAGAUCUAUGUUAGUGAUGAUGAUUUUAUCGAAGAAAAUAAAAGGCGCAGCAAGGAAGUUUUUGGAAUGAUGAUGCGUGCUCACUUUCGAAAGAGUCGCGAUGACAAGUUCCAACCGUGUCAGGAUGAAAUUGAUUUUUUGCGUUCAACGCCAAAAGGAGUAGCGUUAUGUCAUGAUCUUCGCCGUGCUUCAUUGAAGAGUUUUUACAAGAUUCUUUACCCAGAGAUAGAUACUAAGGAAGGUCUUGGUGAAAGAGAUUCGAUAUUUCAUUUGGAUAAAGACUCAGUAAAGAAUGAUAAAACUGAAUUGGAUGAUCAAAAUAAAAGAGCUAAGGCUCUUGCACGGGUUGUGAAGGAUGCUCAUGACGGGGUAACUAUUCAUUUGCUGGAUGGCCAUGGAAGAAUGUUGCAUACUCAGAGCGUUGGAUGAAGAGUCUGCCCUGGAACAAGUCGAUCGGAUACGCCUCUUUGAGAUAUCUGAAGUAGUACACAAUUACCACAAGCUGGCGAUACCUCACAGCAUUGAAAAGCGUUAUCACACUGUCAUCGACCAUCGACAGAUACCCACAUCAGGUGUCAUCUACCUCAACUUUUGCAGUAUUUUCUCUAUGAAUAAGUUUCGUUGGACAGACCAUUUUAAGAAGCAGACGAUUGAAGACUGGGUGUAUGGAUGCUGCAAAGAGAAUGUUCUGCAAUAUAUCUGGAAAGCUGUCAAUCCACCAUAUUCAUGUACUGUGAUGGUUUCCUGUAUCAUAAAGCAUUCAGCAGGAGAUGGAAUAUACUUUCAAAAACACAAGCAGCAUAGGUCUGUCAACGGCCUGGGUUUCUUGUAUUUACUACGCCGUCGAGACUUGUUUGAUGCAAAGAUUAUUUCCAUACGUCCCAAAUCAGAAAUCAUGUGGAAGACAUCUUCACGUAAAAAGUGCCUAAGAAGAUGUCCCAUAAAGCUGAGAAGUGGUAGAAAAGGUAAUCCAUUUGUGACUCUGAUGGUAAAACCACAUGAAGGAGAUAAAAAAAAGCUGAGCAAAAUCUUUAAAGAAGAAGAUGUGAUGAACCUUAAAGAAAAACUUCAAAAAAACUCCAAGAUUGGAGUAAAAUUUGGGCAAAAUUUUGUCAAAAACACAUUAAUCAAAAGUAGAACAGAAUUACAGGUAAAAGUUGAAGUUGACGGGGAAAUGUAUACAAUACACAUUGAUAAGAUUGGAAAUGACAAUAUUACAACAAAGAUAGCAUUAAAACCAAAAAAAUGAAUAAAGCUGUUCAGUUGAUAGGAGUGGAGGAGGAUAACUAAGUAGUUUAAAGACUCCUGCCAUAGUUGUGGUUUGAUAUCCAGUCCAGGACCAUAUAUUAAGCUCAUGCUGUACAUUAUAAUAAUGGAAGCUAGUCAGAGAGGUCGUUGCAUGUCAAAGCAAUUUGUAGUAGAGCUGUAUUAUGUAUUGUAGUAUGUAUAUUAUGUAGCUGGUGCUAAAUACUUGGAAGAUUAGUGUAUACUGAAAACUUGCAACAAUCGAUAAUAAAGCGUAUAAAAUUAAGAAAUUUAAUUUUAUAGUCAACAAACAACUGGUGUGAGUGCAAAUAUUAAUUAUCAAUAUUUCAAUUUUUUUCUUGUUUCAAUUGAUUAUUAUAAUACAUUGUAAAUUAAUUCUGAAAAUAUUCCGUAAUUCCGUAAAACAAGAGUUACUUUCAGUCAUUUCUUUUUUGCCGGGGAAUCAUUAUUUCACUGUCUGUAAUAUUGAGGUGUCCCUUGUAGUGGAGUAUCCGUAAGGCGAGACUUGACUGUAUAAUAUUAUAUUGUACUGAUCACAAUUUCUUAGUAAACAAAUAAAUAAAUAAAUAUUAUUUUUAUUCAUGUAAUCAUUAGCAAUAAAACUUUUAAGUUAAGACUCUCUCCUACAGACCCAUAAGUAUUUUUUAGUGUAGAUAGGAAAUUAUUUCAAUUUUAAUUAGAUUUUAUCAUUUUAAUAUCAUCAUUAUUAAUAAAUUGUAACUACAUGUACAUGUUGAAAUGCUUGCUUUGGCAAU